CAAGAGUGCUCAGUACACGUCCAGCUGCCAGCGGGGGAGCAUCACGCGCCUCUUACUCUGACAACAUGAUUCCAGCAGGGCCAAGGUGUUGGAAAAUGUUGCUGUUGUUACCAGUUCUGAUGACGAUGGUGCCUCGUGCUGCAGCGGAACCCCGCACGUGCUUCGUGGACGUGAUCCUCACCACGACGAGCGGGAAGGUGACGAAGGACGUGGACGACUUCAGGGUGAAAGGCUUCCCCUGGGCCACCUGCCAGACAGCCAGGCGAGACUGUCCCGCUGGCCUGCUGGGGCAUGUCAAGAAACUCUUCGGAGAUAAUGUAAUCCCCAUCACUGGCAACACCACCGUCAAGCUUUGUGAACUGUUCGGGUUGGACCUGCCACCAGGUGUCGCAGGAGAGGUCCACGCUCACUACGUCGCCAGCAACUGCGGCAAGGAAGGCUCUACGUAUCUGGGUAGACUGUGCUGCUGGAAGUGCAUCGUUGGCCCCUACACAUUCUUCCAUCCUAACGACAACUGUGCCGCCUCAACCAGGCCAUCCUGGUGCCCCUGAGUCUAGUCCUUUGUGCUGUCGAACCUCACCGCCCCAACCCCCUUCCAGUCAGUAUCUAACCUCUCUACCACUACCCAUCCCAGCCCUAUCCACCUCUUCCAAGUCCCGUUUGACCCCAAUCCCUGCAACCUCUCCCUGCUUCAUCUAGCCCAAUCUUAAAUUUGAAUUAACUAAAUUAAUCAGUGUGUGUAUCAUGCCAUUCGCUGUUAAUUGAUUAACCAGUUGUUAACUAGGUCAUUCGUAGCUAACAAAAAACCAUGGAGAAUUAGGACAACUAUUGCUAACAAGAUCCAAAAUUACCUAGAAUACUAGAUUAGCUAUUACUAACAGGAUAUAAGAUUGCUAAUUAUUUAAAGUUAAUAAUUGUUAAAUAAUUCAACUAACGUUAACUAUAUAUAAACCGAUGACUAAAUAAAAAUGUACACCCUUAAUUGCAAACGGGUUAAGUGAUUGACAAGUAUAGGUCAGCUAGUUGACCGGAUCAAUCAUUGUUAACUAGGUCAACUGGCCCAAUUAAUUAGGCCAACUACUAAAUAUUUUUAAAUAGAUUGAAUACAUUUAACAAGAUCAACCUUUAUUAAGCAGAUUCAAUAUUGUUAAUUUUAUAGGUCAUAUAUUAAUAACAUCACUGAGGGUUGAUUUAUGUGAAAACUUAUUCUUGUAAAAUUUACUUCUUUUUUAUAUAGUUUCACUUAAAAAUGCAAACUAGAGUUGUGUAAAUUUCCACUGUUAGUUAAUUUAAAUAAUAACUUGUCGUCGGUUUCUGUUUAGACUGAUAAAAAAUAUGUAUUGAGCAAAUUUUGACAACUUAUGAAAAUUAUAGUUAUUACUUUUACUAAUACAAUUUGUAAACAUAUUAAAGACAGUGUAUACAAUAAACAU